AUGGCCGCCGUCGCCAGCAGGGCCGGCAAGCAGGGCGGCCAGGCCGUGUACGCGGCAGGCAACGGGCUGCUGCCGCCGAUGGAUGUCGAACUCUUCCAACCGGCAGCAGAGCCGCCCAAGCGCGGCAGGGGCGGACGCCGCGGCGGGGGCGGCCGCGGCGGCGGGCGGCGGGGGGGGCGCCAGCAGCGCCGUGAGUUCUCGAGCAGCGGCGGUCAGGGCAUCCCCGGGGAGGUGUGCUACGAGUGCGGCGCCACCAACACUCCGCAGUGGCGUGAGGGGCCCACGGGCCCGCGGACACUCUGCAACGCGUGCGGCAUGCGCUUCCAGCGCAGCCAGGGCAAGGGCCAGAACCGCCCGCGGCGCUCGGCGUCCGCUGAGCUGGAGCUGGGGGAGCGCAAGGUCGCGCGCACCGCCCGCGGCCGCGGGCGCGGGCGGGGCCGCGGGCGCUGGUCGCGCGACGAGGAGUUCUUCGAUGACGAGGACGAGGACGAGGAGACCGACGACCUGGUGCUGUCUGACGAGGAUGACGACUGA